UCUUCUACAACCAAAACGACUUCACCGUGCAAGUGCGCGAAUUCGACAUCAAAGCUGUGCUGCCAUGGUUGAAGAAGCAAGAGCGCGUCCGGUUGCAGGAAGUGGAAGAAGAGGUGGAGCAGGACAACGCGAUUCCUUCAAGCUGGAUGGGUACAGAUGGCGGUGCACAAGAAGGCACGCUGUUCGACUCGGUGCAUGCCCGCAUCGCCUAUGAUUCUCGCGCUUUGCACUUCAUCCCUGCCAAAGUCUUCGAAACGUUGGUCAACGGCGUCGACCGCUUCCGCGUGCCCGGCAUGAGCGCCUUGCAGAAGGAAAUGGUGGCGUUCACGAUCAAGUAUCUCGCCGAUGCACCCCGCGAAGACAAGCCAUUCGUCGGAGUCAUCGAUUACGAUGUGGAGCUUAUUGCGGACUGGCCCAACCUCCUCGACUGGCUGAAGCUCUUCCACGAAGGCAAAGUCACCGCUCCCACCUUCCACGACCGAAGUGCAAAGGCCGAAGCUGUCUUGGGAGUCUUCAAGAUGGUCCAAAGCGCGAAAGAGAUGGGCGUGAAGUGGAAGGAGAUGAAGUACGGGUGGAAGGGAGUGCGGAAGAUGAUGAGUGCUGUCGAUGUGAACUGGCUCGUGGACGUGUGGGAUGAGCCUUCGUGAGUAAGGGAAAGAGGAAGACACAGGAAUGAAUGGGUGGAAGUUAUACAAACUCCUGACCUGCGCGUGUAGGCUUUGUGUCUGCACCGUCGCGGUUCAAGCCUGUGCCUCUGCGGUGUUCCUUCGCUCUAUGCUCGUGAUGCAGCUUAUGAAUAACAGUCGCACUCGCCAUCGGCUGGAUCACAUUACCGUCGUGAACAGUCAGGUAUCGAUAACACCUCACUACACAGCAACCUACCAACAAAGAAAUGUUCGCUC